AUGAACGUCGCGCUGCAGGAGCUGGGAGCUGGCAACAACAUGGUGGAGUACAAACGGGCCACGCUUCGGGAUGAAGACGCAACCGAGACCCCCGUAGAGGGCGGGGCCUCCCCGGACGCCAUGGAGGUGGGAUUCCAGAAGGGGACAAGACAGCUGUUAGGCUCACGCAGGCAGCUGGAGCUGGUCUUGGCAGGUGUCUCUCUACUGCUGGCUGCACUGCUUCUGGGCUGCCUUGUAGGCCUGGGGGUCCAGUACCGCAGAGACCCAUCCCACAGCACCUGCCUUACAGAGGCCUGCAUUCGAGUGGCUGGAAAAAUCCUGGAGUCCCUGGACCGAGGGGUGAGCCCCUGUGAGGACUUUUACCAGUUCUCCUGUGGGGGCUGGAUUCGGAGGAACCCCCUGCCCGAUGGGCGUUCUCGCUGGAACACCUUCAACAGCCUCUGGGACCAAAACCAGGCCAUACUGAAGCACCUGCUUGAAAACACCACCUUCAACUCUAGCAGUGAAGCUGAGCGGAAGACACAGCGCUUCUACCUAUCUUGCCUACAGGUGGAGCGCAUUGAGGAGCUGGGAGCCCAGCCACUGAGAGACCUCAUUGACAAGAUUGGUGGUUGGAACAUUACAGGGCCCUGGGACCAGGAUAACUUUAUGGAGGUGUUGAAGGCAGUAGCAGGGACCUACAGGGCCACCCCAUUCUUCACCGUCUACAUCAGUGCCGACUCUAAGAGUUCCAACAGCAAUGUUAUCCAGGUGGACCAGUCUGGGCUCUUUCUGCCCUCUCGGGAUUACUACUUAAACAGAACUGCCAAUGAGAAAGGUCAGAGCAGGGAAGUGAAGCCAGGCACGGAUCUGGACCACCAGGAGAAGUGCCUGUCCCAGCUCUACGACCGCAUGCCAGAGGGGCUGACACCCUUGGCCACACUGAAGAACGAUCAGCAGCGCCGACAGCUGGGUGCGUGUCCCCCUGCAUCCAGACCUGGGCCCCACUCGUCCUGUGUGCCGAGGUGGCAGACCUGCAUCUCCAACACAGAUGACGCCCUUGGCUUCGCUUUGGGCUCCCUCUUCGUGAAGGCCACAUUUGACCGGCAAAGCAAAGAAAUUGCAGAGGGGAUGAUCAGCGAAAUCCGGACUGCAUUUGAGGAGGCCCUGGGACAGCUGGUUUGGAUGGAUGACAAGACCCGCCAGGCAGCCAAGGAGAAAGCAGACGCCAUCUAUGAUAUGAUUGGUUUCCCAGACUUUAUCCUGGAGCCCAAAGAGCUGGAUGAUGUUUAUGAUGGGUACGAAGUUUCUGAAGAUUCUUUCUUCCAAAACAUGUUGAAUUUGUACAACUUCUCUGCCAAGGUGAUGGCUGACCAGCUCCGCAAGCCUCCCAGCCGAGACCAGUGGAGCAUGACCCCCCAGACAGUGAAUGCCUACUACCUUCCAACUAAGAAUGAGAUUGUCUUCCCCGCUGGCAUCCUGCAGGCCCCUUUCUAUGCUCGCAACCACCCCAAGGCCCUGAACUUUGGUGGUAUCGGUGUGGUCAUGGGCCACGAGUUGACACAUGCCUUUGAUGACCAAGGGCGCGAGUAUGACAAAGAAGGGAACCUGCGGCCUUGGUGGCAGAAUGAGUCACUGGCAGCCUUCCGGAACCACACAGCCUGCAUGGAGGAACAGUACAAUCAAUACCAGGUCAAUGGGGAGAGGCUCAACGGCCGCCAGACGCUGGGGGAGAACAUUGCCGACAACGGGGGUCUGAAGGCUGCCUACAAUGCUUACAAAGCGUGGCUGAGAAAGCAUGGGGAGGAGCAGCAGCUGCCAGCAGUGGGGCUCACUAACCACCAGCUCUUCUUCGUGGGAUUUGCCCAGGUGUGGUGCUCGGUCCGCACACCAGAGAGCUCUCACGAGGGGCUGGUGACCGACCCCCACAGCCCUGCCCGCUUCCGCGUGCUGGGCACUCUCUCCAACUCCCGUGACUUCCUGCGGCACUUCGGCUGCCCUGUCGGCUCCCCCAUGAACCCGGGGCAGCUGUGUGAGGUGUGGUAG